CCCGCGCUCCACCCAUUGUGACGCGGGUCCGGCGGCGGCGGGCAGAGCCGGGGCAUGGCCGAGGCGCAGGAGCUACUGCUGCAGCUGCUGAAGGACAACCGCGACGGGCGGCUGCGGAAGCAGGAGCUGGAGGAGCUGGUGCGCGGGCUGGAGGCCGAGAGCGAGAGCCUCACAGAACGCCUGCACGACUUGAGCGAGCGCGAGCGCAGCCUGCAGCGGCGGCGGAGCCAGGCGGCGCGGGCCCUGCGCGGGGAGGCGAGCGAGGCGGCGCGGGAGCGCGCAGACCGGGCGCGCCGACUGCUGGAGGCUGAGGAGCAGCACAAGCGGGAUCUGGAGCAACAAAACCGUCAGCUGCAGGAGCAGUGGGAGGAGCUGUCAAGCCAGGUACCUUCAGGAGACGGCUUUCGUCUCGCGCUUCCCCUAGGAAGCCCCACCUUAGUCCCCGCCCCCAUUUCCGCCGCGUCCCCGCCUCCCAGGGUAAUAUCCCCCCCCACCCAGAAGCCCCGCAAACCCCGCCCUCACAAGCCCCACCCCCAGCUCUUUUACUACGGAGGAGAACAACUGAGUCAGCAGCGCGCAGAGCAGCAACUCGGGACCCAACUGGUGGCUUUGCAGAAACAACUGGAGCUGGUGGAGGCCAAGCACGCCAGGCAGGCGGAGGCCCUGCGGCAGAGCGCACAGCGGACGGAGGAGGCCUGGGCCAGCUUCCAGGAGCAGAGCGGAGUCUUGCAGGAGCUGCAGGGGAAGGUGAUGGAGGCGGCGACUGCGCUGGACGCCUCGCAGGGCGGCCCGGAGCCGUGCGAGUCGCAGCCUCGCCGGGGGCAGGGCUGCGCGAGCUCACUCAUGGAGGAGGUGGCCAAAGCGGACUGUGAGAAGCGGCUGUUCGGCGGCGCGGGAGCGAAGGGCAUCAGAUGUUCGUCUUCAUGUUCCAGAUGAAUUGGUGUGCCAGGAGCUGGGACUUGGAUGCCGCCCACAGAAUAUACUCCCGCACAUAGCCCAUCUGUAGGAAAGCAAGGUCAGCCCAGGCUGGCCACACUCCACCAAGAGAGGCCGCUCUCACCCAAGCAGCAAUGACUCCACGCUUGGCAGACCCAGAAAGAAGUGUGGUCGAGCGGUGCCGGCUGUGAGAACGUCUCCUGGGCUGCGGAGUCCAGCCCGAGUCCAGCGGGCUGGCCAGCCGCCGGGGUCUUUGUCUAUGCAGGCACACGCCAGCUUUUGUCUCCUCUGUUCCCUCCUCUGGACUCUAAGCCCCGGACUCUAACCAGCUUCUGCUGUCGUCAAGCACGAUGCGUGGGUGGGUGGGUUUCAAAUGUGCCCCUGUGGACUGGUGUCUAGAAGACGCUGCCCAGUGAUGGACGGGCCCCAGAAAACCCUAUGUCACUCCCAGCUUAGGCUGAAUUCUCAUGUCCUAGGUUACAAAGGCAGCUGGCCUUUCUGGAAUACUCCUGGGGGGCAGCCUCUCCCUCCCCACAGUCAUUUGCGGCCCAUCUGGUAAAGUAUUCCUUGGACAGAUGUCCUCAACUUGGGUUGGUGGGCUUCCCAAACAGGUCAAACUUCAAAUAACCCAAUUCUAACCCAGCAACUAUAUCUAAAGAUGAACCAUGAAUGUGCAACCUCCAGUGCAGGGUCUCCAGGCUUGGCCGGGGCAUGGGGUGUUCUGGGGCCCUGUGGGCCCAGGGCAGGGGAGUGUAUGGGCAGGAGCAGGAGUGGUAGACGCUGCUGCCCUCAGAUGCAGGCUUGGGGGUGGCACCAGGAUGAAGCGUGGGUGGUGAGGGCUUUGGGCUGUGGUCACCCCGUGGGUGUUUUCUGUCCAGGCCCUGUGCCAGGCCCCUAUGUGCAUGUACACUGUUACAACUGAAUUAUCUGCUCCCACCCCCCAUUCAUAUGUUGAAGUCCGGUCCCCCCCCCCGCCCCAGAAUGUGACUGUAUUUGGAUAUAGGCCUUUAAAGAACUGAUGAAGUUACAUGAGAUCAGUAGGGGGCCCUGAUCCAAUCUGACUUAUGUCCUUUUAAGAAGAGAUUAGGACACAGACACAGGGACAGCCGUGUGGGGAUACAGGGAGAAGCCGCCGUCUACACGGCGAGGAAAGGGCCUCGGGCAAACCAGCCCUGCUGACACCUGGAUCUCAGACGUCCAGCCUCCAGACAUCUGAGAUCCAGACGUCUCUGUGUGGAAGGAGCUCCCUGUAGUUUAAAAGCACCGAAUCUGUGUACUUUGCCAGGGUGGCCUGAGCUCACUAAUACACACGCUGUCUCCUCCAACCCCCUGGCCACUCCCCCCAGGAGACGGGGAGCUGGAUUUGGGAGCUAGGGGACCUGCUGAGACCCCCAUUCAGCAGGUACGGGUCCCAGGCCAGGUCGCCCACCCUGAGGAAGCAGCCGGCAAUGUUUCCAGAACCUGCUCACCCAGCACAGCAGGACUGGGCCUCGGGCGCUGGAUGACCACAUUGGGGUGAGAGACCUUGGGCCCAGGUCCCAGCUCAGUGGCCCUGCUCCUGGGCUCCAUCCCGCCCGGCCCUCCAGGCUGGUCGGCCCAUGCUGCAUGCCUUACCUUGUCAUACCUGAGGGCCUGCACGAUCUGGGGGAUGUAGAACAGGAUGGCAUCCUGUGUGGUGGGGGAGGAGCAGCCAUGACUCAGGGAGGGGUGAGAGCACCAUGCAGGACAGGGGUCCCAGGGCUCCACCCCUCCUGGACUGGCCCUGCUGUCACUCCACCCCCAGGACACGUCCUCACCCUCAAUCAGGCCUGCCCUCCAUCCCCCCGUGGGGCCGGGCAGCGCCCCGAGGCCGACCCAGCAGAUGGGCUCACCGGCGGGAAGGACCGUAGGACUUUGACCCCGUACUGCGCUGUGAGCGGGUGCGGCGGGUACAUGCUGGAGAAGUAGGACAGGCCUGUGGGCGGGUCUGCGGGCGCCCAGCACAGCACAUGGCUGAGCUCGGGGGCAUCGGCGUCAAUGGUGUGCCAGGUGACCAGGAACUGGGGAGGAAGCAGGGAGUCACAGGGAUGGCCCCAAGGAGUGAAAACCGCAAGGCAUUUGUAACAGCUUCUGACACAUUACAUACAACAGCACAACUUCAACCAGGGUGAAAUACACUCAACGUUUUUCUACUGUAAACACAGUAAAUGUUUCAUCCGAAGAGUAGAUAACACAA